AUGGACACCGAGUCCCAGUACUCGGGCUAUUCCUACAAGUCUGGCCACUCCCGCAGCUCCCGCAAACACAGGGACCGCCGGGACCGACACCGCUCUAAGAGCCGAGACGGGAGCCGGGGGGACAAGUCGGUGACGAUCCAGGCUCCAGGGGAGCCCCUGCUGGACAAUGAGUCCACGAGAGGGGAUGAGCGGGACGACAACUGGGGGGAGACGACCACAGUGGUAACGGGCACCUCGGAGCACAGCAUCUCCCACGAUGACCUCACGCGCAUCGCCAAGGACAUGGAAGACAGCGUCCCGCUGGACUGCUCCCGGCACCUGGGUGUGGCGGCGGGGGCUACGCUGGCCCUGCUCUCUUUCCUCACGCCUCUGGCUUUCCUGCUGCUGCCGCCACUGCUGUGGCGGGAGGAGCUGGAGCCGUGUGGGACAGCCUGCGAAGGCCUCUUCAUCUCUGUGGCCUUCAAGCUGCUCAUCCUGCUGCUGGGCAGCUGGGCCCUGUUCUUCCGCCGGCCCAAGGCCGCUCUGCCCCGCGUCUUCGUGCUGCGCGCCCUGCUCAUGGUGCUCGUCUUCCUGCUCGUCGUGUCCUACUGGCUCUUCUACGGUGUCCGCAUUCUGGACGCCCGCGAGCGCAGCUACCAGGGCGUGGUGCAGUUUGCCGUGUCGCUGGUGGACGCCCUGCUCUUUGUGCACUACCUGGCCGUGGUCCUGCUGGAGCUGCGCCAGCUGCAGCCGCAGUUCACGCUCAAGGUCGUGCGCUCCACCGACGGGGCCAGCCGCUUCUACAACGUGGGCCAUCUCAGCAUCCAGCGUGUGGCAGUGUGGAUCCUGGAGAAGUAUUACCAUGACUUCCCUGUCUACAACCCUGCCCUCCUCAACCUGCCCAAGUCCGUCCUGGCCAAGAAAGUGUCUGGCUUCAAGGUGUAUUCCCUCGGAGAGGAAAACAGUACCAACAACUCCACGGGUCAGUCCCGAGCUGUGAUCGCAGCGGCGGCCCGCAGGCGGGACAACAGCCACAACGAGUACUACUACGAGGAGGCCGAGCAUGAGCGGAGGGUGCGCAAGCGGAGGGCCAGGCUUGUGGUGGCAGUGGAGGAGGCCUUCACCCACAUUAAGCGGCUGCAGGAAGAGGAGCAGAAGAACCCCAGGGAGGUGAUGGACCCCCGGGAGGCAGCCCAGGCCAUCUUCGCAUCCAUGGCCCGUGCCAUGCAGAAGUACCUUCGCACGACCAAGCAGCAGCCUUACCACACCAUGGAGAGCAUCCUGCAGCACCUUGAGUUCUGCAUCACGCAUGACAUGACGCCCAAGGCCUUCCUGGAGCGGUACCUGGCAGCUGGACCAACCAUCCAGUAUCACAAGGAACGCUGGCUGGCCAAACAGUGGACACUUGUGAGCGAGGAGCCGGUAACCAAUGGGCUCAAGGAUGGCAUUGUUUUCCUCUUGAAACGCCAGGACUUCAGCCUGGUGGUCAGCACCAAGAAGGUCCCAUUCUUCAAACUCUCCGAGGAAUUUGUGGACCCCAAGUCGCACAAGUUUGUCAUGAGGUUGCAGUCCGAGACCUCAGUGUGA